CGUGGCUGAGCGCAACCGCAGACGACGUCAAGACUGUCAGCGCUCAACACUCGCCGCUGCUCCUCCGCCCUCCUCCGCCUCCACCUCGACCUCCUCCUCUGCCUCCAUCUCGCCCGCAAAUGCCCCAGCCCUGACCGCGCCGCUCACCAUGGACACGCCCGACGGCCCGUGGGGCUCGACCCGCACCAGCCCGCGCCCGGCCUCGCUCAAGUCGACCCGCUCGUCGCCCUCGCGCCAGUCGCAGGCCUCGAGCCGCACCACAGAAGAGACGCCGCUGCUCGCCGCCGCCGACCGCGACCCGCGCGACGAUGCCCCCGCCCACACCCCCGCCCAGACCCGCCUGCUGCGCUCGCUGAGCGCCUCGUCGGCCCCCGGCAAGCCCGCCUGGCAGCGCCGCUGGCCCAGCAUCCUCGCCCUGGUGCUGCUGUGCCUGGCCGCCGUCGCCAUCAUGUUCGGCUUCCUGGCCAGCGCCGCCGUCGAGGAGUACGCCAUGCAGGCCGCCGACUUCCACCCCACCAAGCUGGCCCUCGACGGCCUGACCGACCACGGCGCCCGCCUGCAGAUCGAGGGCGACUUCCGCAUGGACGCCGCCCGGGUGCCCAAGCAGAGUGUGCGCAACAUCGGCCGUCUGGGCACCUGGUUCGCCCGCGAGGCCGAGACGGGCCCCAUGCACGCCGACGUCUACCUGCCCGAGUACGGCGACGUGCUGGUCGGCACCGCCCACGUCCCCGGCGUCAAGGUCGCCAUCCGCAACGGCCGCACCACCCACGUCUCGCUGGUCGCCGUCGUCGAGCCAGGCGCGCCCGAGGGCAUCCGCAGCCUCGCCCACGACUACAUCGAAGGCCGCCUCCACCAGAUCCGCCUGCGCGCCAAGGCCACCGUCCCCGUCCGCUCUGGCCUGAUCCGCCUCGGCAACCAGAUUGUCGACAAGUCCAUGGUCUUCCACAGCGGCGACGUCCCGGCCCUGCCCAAGUACAACAUCACCAAGCUCAACCUCCGCGAGGCAGGCCCCGGACGUCAUGGACUCGGCGCCGACGCCUCCAUCUUUGUGAAGAACACUUUCCCCCCCGUCUCGCUCGACAUCCCUCCCGUGGCUGUCGACGUGCUGAUCGACGGCUGCUCGCCCGCAGACAAGCACCUCAAGGUCGGCACCGCCGAGACCCCCGAGCUGCACAUCCGACCCGAGACCGACAUCGAGGUCAACGUGACCGGCAAUGUCGAGAAGAUCGCAGACCCGCUGCUCAAAGUCUGCCCCAACUCGGCCAAGUCGCCCCUGGACGCCUUCAUCGGCGACUACAUGAAGGGCGAAGACGCCACCAUCUACAUCAACUGCUGCAGAUUCCCGGACCCCGCAACCCCUGACUGGGCUCGCGAGCUGCUCAAGGACAUCACCGUCCCCGUCCCCUUUGCUGGCAAGGAGAUGGGCAACAUGAUCAAGAACUUUUCUAUGGCGGACAUGCACUUCUCGCUGCCGAGCCCGUGGGCCGAACCGGGCACGCCCGAGUCCAACCCCUCCAUCUCGGCCACCGUCAAGGUCGACAUAGGCCUCCCCAACGAGAUGAACUUUCCCCUGGAUGUCAACCAGAUUAAAGCCGACGCCGACAUCUUCUACAAGAAGAAGCUGCUCGGCAAGAUGAAGCUCGACAAGUGGCAGCACGCCAACUCGACCAGAAUCGACGGCCACGGCCAGGAAGGUCCCUCUCUGCUGGUCCAGUCCGACAUCGAGAAGGCGCCCAUCGAGAUUCAAGACGACGACCUGUUCAGCGAAGUCGUGCAGGCGCUCAUCUUCGGCGGCAAGUCCAUCAACAUGGACAUGAAGGCAACCGUAGGCGUCGGCGUUGACACACCCAUGGGCAAGCUUGCAAUCCGCGGCAUCCCCGCCCAGGGUACCGUGCCUGUCAAACCGAUCCGCGGCGGCAACGGCCACAACGGUACUGGCGAGUCACCCAUCGAGCGCUUGAACUUGAAGGUUGGCGACAUGGCGAUCGUGGAUACAUCGCCGACCUCUCUCACCCUCCAGAUGAAGUCCAACUUUACAAACCCUACAAACUACACCGCGACCAUCCCAUACUUUAACAUCAAUGUUCUUGUCAACGGGACGCAUAUUGGAUCAGCAACCGUCGAGAACAGCACUGUCCGUCCCGGCAACAACUCCGGCGUCGUAGUCACCGUGCUGUGGGACCCCUCCAACUACGGCGGCGAGAAAGGCAAGGAGAUUGGCGCAGAGUGGCUGUCGCAGUUCAUCUCGGGCUUCAACACAUCUCUCACCAUGCAGGCCCACAACGGCACCAUCCCCUCGCAGCCUGCUCUUGGCCACCUGCUCUCCCAGUUCCCCGUCACCGUCCCCGCGCCCCACAUGAAAGCCGACGAUCCCGACGACGGCGACGAGAACCCCCCAAGCGACGGCAAAAAUACCCACUUCAUCCGCAGCGCCACCAUGCACAUCAUCUCCUCCACCGCCCUCUUCACCCUCUUCUCCCCCUUCAAAACAACCACCAUGUACCUCACCUCGCUCAACGCCACCGCCUACUACGAGGGCCACGACGCCGGCAAGAUCCUCUACGACCUGCCCUUCGCCGUGCCCCCGGGCCUGUCCGAGAGCCCCCGCCUGCCCGUUGACUGGAGCUUCGGCAGCUUGGGGUACGAGGCGAUUCGCAAGGCGCUCGGGGGCCAGCUCAAGCUGAACGCGUUUGCGAUUGUGGGUGUUCGGAUCGGGCAGUGGCGCGAGACCAUCUGGUACAAGGGUGGAAAGAUCGGGGCGAACGUGCGGUUGUAG